AUGGUCGAGGGCCACAGCGUCCAUCGCAUCGCUACACAGCACACGCGCAGGUUGUGCGGCCGCUCGUACAAGGCCUCGUCGCCCAAUGGCCGCUUCGCCGAGGGCGCGAGGCUCAUCAACGGCCGCAGCUUCUCGAGGAUCGAGGCUGUCGGCAAGAACCUCUUCGCCUUCUUCGCCGCUGCUGGCCAGCCUGACGUCGUUAUGCACGUCCACUUCGGCAUGAGCGGCCGAUGGUCGGUCGAGGACGCCGCCAAGGCUGCGCCUGCCAAGGACACGACGCGUCUGCAGCUCGAGGGCCACGGCAUCGUCUCGAGCCUCUCGGCGAUGACCGUGCAGCACGGCGGCGUCGAGAUGUUCGAGAAGAAGCGGGCGGAACUGGGCGAGGACCCCAUCCGAGCGGACGCCGAUGCGGAGGCGCUCUGGGAACGCGUCUCCAGGUCGAAGAAGACCAUUGGGCUGCUGCUGAUGGACCAAGGCUUCUUCGCAGGAGUCGGCAACAUCUACCGCGCCGAGAUCCUCUUCGUCGCUUCGGUGCACCCGAACACGCCCGGGAAGGCGCUGAGCCGCGCAGAGUUCGACCGGGUGUGGGCGGCGUCCGUCAAGUUGAUGCGGCGCGGCUACGAGGAGGGAUCGAUCCUCACCGUGGACAAGGCGGAGGCGCUGGCGCUCGGCAGGCCGGGCCUGCGCCGCUGGAUCUACAACAGCGCAAAGUGCGGCCGGUGCAACGGGCGCGUCGCGUCGUGGGACGUGGCCGGGCGCACGUGCUACGCGUGCGCCGCGUGCCAGCCGCUCGACCCGAGCGAGAGCCUCGAGGCGCGACUCGCCCAGCCUGCGAAGCUGCGGGUGGCCGAGCUGCGCGAGGCGCUCACGGCGGCAGGCCUCGACGCCGGCGGCAAGAAGGCAGAGCUGGCGGCGGCGGGCGAGUCGCGAGCGGUGGAGCACGUCGCCGAGUGGGAGGUGGGGCUCGACGGCGCUGCAUCUGGACGCAUUUCGGCUGGUUUCUUGCCUGUUUUCCACAAAUUUUUCAUCUUUUGCACACUCUUGCUCUGCAUAAAAAUUAUACAGGGCCGGCUCUUACAGGCCUCGUCAGGGCCUGGAGGCCUCGCUGGAGCCGAGGCAUAG